AUGAGACGAAAGAAUCCACAUCCUAAACGCGCGGUGAACGCGAGGACGGUUUUGAAGGUUUCGAGAGAUAAAGAAGAAGAAGUGGAGGAAGAAGAACCUUUGGUGUUGUGUUUGAAGAUUCCUGACGAGGACGAUGAUCUCGAGGCAAAUCAUCAUCAGAUACAAAAAGAAGAAGAGGGAGAAGAGGGAGAAGACGACGACGUAGAGCGAUUGUGGAGGAUUAUGUGCGUGCCACGUGACGAUGUCGUGGAGCAAAAUCAGACGCGGAAAGACGCUAAAGGAGUGAAGAGAAAGAGAGGGCACGAGUGCGAUUUUUGCGAGAAGGUGUUUCGAUAUCCAUCCGGUUUGGCCGUACACAUGCGUAUUCACGCGAACGAGAAACCGUACGAAUGUGAUGUGUGCGAGAAGUGCUUUCGUCAAGCUGGUGAUUUGCAAAGGCACGUGCGUAUUCACACGAACGAGAAACCAUACGAAUGUGAUGUGUGCGAGAAGCGUUUUGCUCGAUCUGGUAGUUUGAAAAUCCACAUGCGUAUUCACACGAACGAGAAACCGUAUGAAUGCGAUGUGUGCGAUAAAGCUUUUCGUGAAUCUAGUAGUUUGAAAAGGCACAUGCGUAUUCACACGAACGAGAAACCGUAUGCAUGCGAUGUGUGCGAGAAAGCUUUUCGUCAAUCUGGUGCUUUGAAAACCCACAUGCGUAUUCACACGAACGAGAAGCCGUACGAGUGUGAUGUGUGCGAGAUGCGUUUUAGUCGAUCUGAAAAUUUGAAAACCCACAAGCGUACUCACACGAACGAGAAACCGUACGAAUGCCACGUUUGCGAGAAGAGUUCUAAAUCAUCGCAUGCACUGACAUACACAUCAUCGCACAAGAACAAAAACAUAACAAAGAGAGUUUUUUUGGGAAAACGAGAGAGAAACGACUCUUCCGUCUGGAAGUAUUUUUGCCACAUUUCUGCUUUGCACAACAACACCAUGGGAACAACAACACACGAACCAACGACGUCCUCAAACUCGCUCAAUCUCGUGCAUUCGAAAGCCUCGAAAGCGUUCGCCAAUCUGUGCGGGAAUUUAGCGCAGUUCAACAACAAGAGGUUCGGGAACGACUUGGAGAAAUUCGCAACAAAAUCGAGGAAGCGUUUUGACGGCGGGAAAAAAACGACGACGGAAACGAGAGAGAAUUCAUCGUCGGAGGCGUCUUCUUCCUCCUCUUCUUCGUCCUCUUCUGAUGAUGAUGAUGACGACGAUGACGAUGAAAGUAGCGAUGACGACGUAAACGACGACGAACGAAAGAUAUCCAUGUUUGCGAAAAAUGCAAACGCGAAGAAGAAGAAGGCAAAUUUGCACUCGAAUGGUCACCACCAAACGGAGGAGGAACUGGCGAAUAUCCGCAGAAAAGAAUACAAGAUUAAAGUGAAAGGAGACGACUCGCGAAACGUGAUACCGGCACCUUUGGAAAGUUUUAAGGAUUUAGAAACCACGUACGGAUGUUCGAAGUCUUUGAUUACACGAUUAGAGGAGUGCAAAUGGCUCGAGCCGACGCCGAUUCAACGACAAGCGAUACCGAUGAUGCUGAGAGACGUGGAGACGUUGGCGGUGGCGCCGACUGGGAGCGGGAAGACGCUCGCUUUUUUGUUACCUAUAUUUAUGCGACUCGGGAAGAGGAAAGAUGGGGGGGUGAGAGCGAUUUUGUUAGCGCCGACGAAAGAGUUGGCGACGCAAUCGACCAGGAUUUGUACUCUGUUGAGCGACGGAUUGAGGGUCACGCAACUCUCCAAAGCGAACGCGGCGAACGAUUUCGAUAAAGUUGACAUUCUCAUCUCUACCCCGUUACGAUUGGCGUCGCUUUUAAGACAAAAGAAAAUUUCGACGCACGCGGUUGAAUUCUUAGUCCUGGACGAAGCCGAUAAACUCUUCGAGAUGGGUUUCGUGGAGCAAAUAGAUGCCGUCGUGCACGCGUGCGAUAAUCCAGACUAUACAAACGACGACGACGAUAAAAAGAAAAAGAAAAAGAAAAAGAAAAAGAGUCCCUCAUCGAAGACGACCAAAAAGAAAAAAUGUCUCAAAGCUUUAUUCUCCGCGACGCUUCCGGAAACCGCCGAGCGAUUAGCGCGAAGCGUCAUGCAUCACUGCGUUCGUCUCACCGUCGGCGAAAGAAACUCCGCCAACGAAUCCAUUUCGCAAAAACUCAUCUUUUGUGGCAAAGAGAGCGGGAAAAUUUUAGCCGUCAAGCAAAUGGUCCAAAAGGGCGUUCAAACGCCAUUGAUUAUCUUUGCGCAGAGUAAAGAUCGAUGCAUCCAAGUCGCGAAAGAGUUAACCGGAGGUGCGUUAGGCGAAGUUGGGUUAAUUCACUCGGACAUGUCCGAUAAGAAACGCAAAUCCAUCGUCGAUCUGUUCCGAAUAGGCAAACUGAACUGCUUGUGCGCCACGGAUUUGAUGGCCAGAGGGAUGGAUUUCGCCGCCGUAGGCACCGUCGUCAACUUUGAUUUCCCGUUAACGAGCACGGCGUACAUCCAUCGCAUCGGACGGUCGGGAAGAGCCGGCCGAGUUGGAAACGCGGUCACUUUCUUCACCGAAGAAGACGCGAAAAGAGGCACGGUGCGUUCCAUCGCGCGAGUGAUGCAACGCAGCGGCUGCGACGUCCCGAAGUGGUUGUUAAAUCUCGAGGCGGAUAAAAACGAAAAGAAGUACAAGCCGUUGCGAAAGGACGGGCGCGAGAACAACCCGAGAAGAGACCGAGUCGACAACAAAGAAGGCUACGUUUCGAGAGACAUUCGCGCCGGGAAGAAAAAGUUGGAACACAAGAAACAGAGGAAAGCGAUGUUCAAAGAGAUGAAAAAAGCCGCUGCCGCGACCACCGUCGAGAAGAACAUGACAUCCAACGAAGACGACAAGGAAGACGACUACUUCCCGCGAGAUAACGACGACGACAACGCUGCUCGGAACAAGAAAAGGAACAGACGCUCGUCUAAAUGA